UGGCUCAGCUGUGAACGGAAACAGUAGAAGAAGAGGAAGCAAAGGCGCAGCGAGGGAAGUUAAAAUGUCUGCUCCAAAAACAAUCCCGAAAGAUGCUCAGGUGAUGAUCCAGAUCCUGAAGGACAUGGGAAUCACAGAGUAUGAGCCCAGAGUCAUCAACCAGAUGCUGGAGUUCACCUACAGAUACGUGACCACCAUCAUCGAAGAUGCCAAAACCUACGCCUCACACGCCAACAAGUCCAACGUGGACGCCGACGACAUCAGACUGGCCAUCCAGUGCCGCAUGGAUCAGUCGUUCACCUCACCGCCGCCACGAGAUUUCCUGUUGGAGGUUGCCAGGCAGAAGAACCAGACCCCCCUCCCUCUCAUCAAGCCCUACACCGGCCCCCGGCUGCCCCCAGACCGCUACUGUCUGACCGCCCCCAACUACAGACUCAAGUCCAUACAGAAGAAGGUGUCGUCGUCUGCCGGUAGGAUAUCGGUGCCUCGCCUCAGUGUCGGCGCCGUCACCAGCAGGCCGACCACGCCCACGCUCGGGACGCCGUCUGUGCAGUCGGUCACCACUAAAGUCGGGACUCCAGUGUCUUUGACGGGUCAGAGGUUCACUGUGCAGAUCCCGCCGCCCUCUCAGACGACCACCACCAAACCCAGUAAGAACAGACCCGUUUUAUUUUUUGCUUCAUGCUUUGAUGGAACAAGAGUCAGACGUAAGAAUAUCUGUGAAAAACACUUUAAUGUGGAAGAAACCGUUAAAAAGUUCUCCACCAACUCCUGA